AUGCUCAACGCCUUUAAUGCUCGCUCAAUCUUGGAGCUCGGCCCGAGAGAGCGCUUCAGAAUUGAGUCUUUGUUGGCAUAUGGCGACAAGCUCUUAUUAGGUCUUUCCAAUGGCACCUUAAGGGUGUGCCAAGUACUAAAUCCAGACACUCCCGAGAUAUCACUAUCACUUCUACGUACAAUAGACAAGUUCUCGCGAAGGUCGAUCGAGCUUCUGGCUUGUAUAAAGGAGGUUAAGAUUCUCGUCACACUCAGUGACAAUUACGUUCAUAUUCACGACCUUGACGAGUUCACCCUCAAGGAAACAUUAUCUAAGACGAAAGGAGCCACUACGUUUGCUGUGACCAGUAAUAUUGAAAAAGAUGAGACAACACAAAUUCCUAGUAUCGUUAGUCGAUUAGCCAUCGGAAUCAAGAAAAGACUAUUACUGUACUCGUGGCACGAUGAGGAGUUUCAGGAAGGCAAGGAAGUCAUUUUGAGUGGGGCUAUUAGGUCUUUGACUUGGGCUAGUGGACAAAAGGUUGUGGCGGGGUUAUCAGGUGGAUUUGUGACAGUCAAUGUACAGACUGGUGCUAUUGAAGAUAUAGUCCCACCAGAGAGUAAAGGCAAUGGUGCCGCUGUAGUAGGCGGUGGAGAGCAAGUGGGCUGGUCGGCAUACAUGGGGAUGGGAGGAUGGGGUUCGAAACCAUUGAGUACACAUUUAGGAGGAGAUGAGCUUUUGUUAGUGAAAGAUACCACAAGCCUGUUCAUCGAUAAGGAAGGCAACGUUAUACCCGAUAGACCACCAAUCCCAUGGCCAGUAUCUCCAGAUUCAAUUGUAUUUUCAUACCCAUAUUUAGUAUCUCUUAACACAUCCAAACAACACCUGGAAGUCCGUAAUCCGUCAACACAGACUUUACUACAAACAAUACAUCUUCCUAAUGUAUCAACUCUUAACGUCCCCCCACCAAACGUGUCCCUUGUCCACGCGGGAAAGCUCUUUUACGUCGCAUCCCCAACGCAGGUAUGGCGCAUGAGCACAGCGGAUUACGAGACACAGAUCAAGGAGCUCGUGGAUGGUGAGCAUCUAGAUGAAGCUAUCAGUCUACUAGAAAUCCUUGAAAAUGUUUUGUUGAAAGAUCGCAAAGAGGAAAAGUUACGAGAGGUACAAAUGCUGAAGGCAGAGAGAUUGUUUGACAAAAAGAAAUAUCGAGAGAGUAUGGAUCUUUUCAUUAAAGUUUCAGCACCACCAGAAAGGGCGAUACGACUGUUUCCUAGGGUUAUUGCAGGUGAUUUGUCGAUUGUUGAGACCAAUAGGAACGAAGAAGAUACAACGGAGUCUGCAGAUUCGGGGGAUGAUGACCCCUCUGAAACUGCUGAGGAUGGUGGCCUAGGUGAAGCAACAGAAGCAACAGAAGCAACGAAAUCCCCUGAGGUAGUUGAGCAAGGCGAUGAGACCCUUACGACUAUACAAGAAGCGCCAGAAGCCAAUAAAACGCCGGCGGAAAGUGGGAACCUUGGCAGGAAGAAAGAGGCGGAGGUGGAGGCCGGGAAAGCCCAGCCCCCUUCUUACCUUGCCGAGCUGAAGAAAACAAAUCUGUCACACAUGAAGAAGAACUCUGAGACUUCUUCCAUAUUUUCAUUUGGUGUACGACGUAACGCGGCGGCGGUUGUACCGGACGAUCACAGCGAUACAGCGAGUAUCACUGUAAAGCACACUCAAACUGUCCCUGAAGCACCGCCAAUACUACAAGGUGACGAGCUAAAGACAGCUGCCAACGAGUUGGCUGCGUUUUUAGCAGACACACGGCGCGAGAUAUCGAAAUAUUUCAAUGCUGAUGGAAAGCCGCUUGAUACAUUCACAAAUACCGGUAGCCCCGCCUCUCCAGUUUCAAUCUCAAAGAAUGACCUCUUUGAUGCUAGCUUUGCGAACCAUACGGAAAAUGUUGAAAUGUUAAAGGAGGAUGCCACUACACGGCUAGACAGCCUCAUGCAGGCAGCUAGGCUUGUAGAUACGACUCUGUUCAGGAUUUAUAUUAUCACGAAUCCCCGCUUAGUCGGUCCAUUCGUUCGAGUCCAGAAACACGGCGAUCCGGCGGUCGUUAGUGAAAAACUCCAGGACCUGGGAAUGUUUACAGAGUUAGUCGACUUUUUGUGUCAGAAGGAGCUUCAUAAAGAAGCAUUAGAGCUAUUGAGACAGUUCGGGCAGGAGGAGCGUGUAGAUUCCCGCGCCAUGAACCUACAGGGCCCACAAAGGACGAUUGGGUACUUGCAGAACCUAAAGGCCGCUCAUAUUGACCUGAUCCUUGAAUAUGCCAGAUGGCCGCUAAUGAUAGACCCAAAGUUAGGGAUGGAAGUCUUCACUACCGACUCCCAGAACGCAGAAUCGUUACCGAGAGGGAAAGUUCUCGAGUAUCUACAGGAGAUUGAUAGAAUGCUUGCCGUGCAGUAUUUGGAGUAUAUCAUCAACGAGCUCGGCGACCCAACUCAUGAGUUCCACACUCGGAUGGUCUGGCUAUAUUUACAAACUCUAACCGAGGAUGACUUUGAUGGACGAGAAAAAGAACGCUUGAAAUGGAGAGAGAAGUUGUUGGACUUUCUGGUUAGCUCAAAGCAAUACCGGAAUGAGAAAGUUCUUGGAUGGUUACCGAGGGAUGAUCCGGAGUUUUAUGAGGCAAGGGCAGUGGUAUUGAGUAAUAUGGGACAACAUAAGACAGCCUUAGAGAUUUAUGUGUUCAAGCUGAAGGAUCAUGAGAAGGCCGAAGAAUACUGUGCUAAAAUCCACCACGCUUCGCCUCCUGAAGAUCCCGCCGAGACCUCAAAGCCUACGACAGUCUACCAUACUCUCCUCUCUCUUUAUUUACGUCCCCCACCGGGGUAUAUGCAGCAGCUCGGUCCAGCACUUUCAAUUCUGUCUCGGCACGGUGCAAGGCUAGAAGCUUCAGACGCGUUAAAGCUUAUACCUGAAGACAUCAAAAUCUCGAAUCUGGAAACCUAUUUCAAGAGCCGGAUCAGACAUACGAAUUCCCGUAUGGUAGAAAACCGCAUGGCAGCCCAACUAAGGGCAAGUUUUAGGGUAGAUGUCCAAGAAAGAUUGUUAGAAAGCCGGAAUAAGCAUGUCAUUGUCGGCGAGGAAAGGGUGUGCCCGGUUUGUCACAAAAAGUUGGGGACUAGUGUUAUUUUGAGAACUGCAAGUGGAAUGGUAGUACAUUAUGGCUGUGCUCAGAAGGAAAUGUAA